AUCCAUUUAAUUCUUAAAAGGGUCAGUAGUAAACCUCUGGUGUAAUGAUCAAUAACGGACAGUAGAGGGAGACAAGGCAUCACAACACAAACAUUUUUGCGUGAUUUCUACUCCGUGACAGGAGAUGGCAGCAGCAGGAACAGUAAAUUCAACAAAAUUCCCUCUGUUAGAUAAGCAACUGUUAUUCAACAUUAGUAAGAAAUGACUUGCAUGAAGAGAAUAUUUUCCAGAACCCGUCGCAUUACAGUCGGAUGCCUUGUCGGAGUCACUCCCGCCUCUGGCAGAUGUUUCCAUGCGGAACUAGUCAGAACCGAAUCCAGCGGACUGCCCAUUGUUCAUCACAGCAAGUAUGUGUGCGAGCUUCCAGCAAACCACAGGUUUCCAAUGGCCAAGUUUCCUAGAGUUUUACACUUUUUACUUCAAGACCAAGUCAUCACAGAGAGACAGGUUUGGGUUCCCGAGAUUGCCUCGAAAGACUUGCUCGGCGCCGUGCACACUGGGGAUUACCUGAACAACUUCAUAAGUGGAAGAAUAAACGAGCAAGAGCAGCGGAGGACGGGUUUUCCUUGGAGCGAGGGCAUCGUGCGACGGUGCCGAUACGAAACGGGUGGGACUGUUCUCGCUGCUGAAGUCUCUCUACGGAGGGGUCUGACCUGCAGCACGGCGGGGGGAACCCAUCAUGCUUUCCCCAGCUAUGGCUCGGGGUUCUGUCUCCUCAAUGAUUUAGCAGUCGCAGCCAAAUACCUCAUGAACAGCUCAUCAAGGAAGAGAAAGGUUUUAAUCGUGGAUUUAGAUGUGCACCAGGGUGACGGCACCGCUUUCAUAUUUAAAGAUGAGCCAUCUGUGUUUACAUUUUCAGUGCAUUGUGGGAAAAAUUUCCCUGUUCGCAAGCAACAGAGUGACCUGGAUAUCAGCGUGGAGGAUGGGCUGGAAGACAAGGAGUAUCUCUCCACAGUUGCAGAGCACCUACCCUGGCUGCUGGAGACUUUUCGUCCGGACCUGGUUCUGUACGACGCUGGUGUUGACCCACAUCGGGAUGAUGAACUCGGGAGGCUCCGUCUGACCGAUCAAGGGCUCUAUCAGAGAGAUCUUUAUGUGAUGAAGACUGUGGUGAAGAGAGGUGUUCCUAUUGCUACCGUUAUUGGUGGGGGAUACUCCAGAGACAUCGACAAACUGGCCCUCAGGCACUCCAUCGUCCACAGAGCAGCUACUCAGGUUUGGAGGGAGUGUGGAAUGUAAAACCAAAAGGUGAACCAUGACCUUUAAGAACCAAUAAAUAGAAAGCAACAACAAGAAAA